AUGGGCCAAUUACCCUGGACCUAUCUGUUUCUUCAAGCGUUAUUGUUGACCACGCUGCUCUCCCCCUGUCUGUCCGCGUCGACGAGGUCACGGGGCAAGAAAAAGCUGUCGAAGGAGACGAAGGAGGUGAACAUCUGCGACAUCGAGGGCCAACAGGUGCCGAUCUACUGUUACUGCGACAACAACGCGAUCAAGAACGCGUCGCACGCGAAAUGCCUGGUCCUGAACCCGAUCAAUCUGAACGAUCCGACCUGGGACUACUUCAGCUCCCAGAACCACCUGCGGGAGCUGACGUUCAACGUUCAAAUGAUGAACAGCCUGGAGUACAUACCGACGCAACUGUUGCGACAACUGAAGAAUCUUCAGAAAAUCGCGUUUCAGUACGCGAAGAUCGACGAGCUCGCUGAAUACGCGUUCUCGAACCUGUCCACGAUCACGGAGAUCAAUCUGAAUCGCAAUUCUAUAUUGGCGCUCCGAAUGCACGCGUUCGAGAACAUGAGAAAUCUGUCGAUCAUCAAUCUCAACGAAAACAGGAUCACCGAGAUUAACAGGGACACGUUCGUCAAUCUGCCCUCGAUGAAGAGCCUGUUCCUCAGUCACAACAACAUCAGCACCAUCCACGACAAGGCGUUCAAGCAUCUGACAUCCCUGGAGGAGCUGGAACUGUCCGACAAUCAGAUCAAAGUGAUCACCGGCGACUGUUUUCACGGUCUGAGAAGUUUGGUCAGGCUCGAUCUACGAAACAAUCUGAUCGACAUGAUCGGCGAUCGUACCUUCGUCGAGAUGUCCGUUCUGCGCGAGCUCGAGCUUGACUCGAACAGGAUCGUCUACAUCUCGGAGAAGGCACUCGACGGAUUGAGAAACUUGAAGAAUCUCAGUCUCAGCGACAAUCGAUUGACCACCCUCGAACCGGACUUCCUCGCUGGAGCGCCUGGAGUGUAUUUCCUGAACCUCAGGGACAAUCACCUGAAGACCAUCACCUUCGACAACAUCAAGCCCAUCGUGACCAAUCUGUACAACAGUACCAGCCACUUCUUCGUCACCGGCAACGAACUGAUCUGCGACUGCAAGCUGGCAUGGAUCUGGGGUCUGAGGAACGAGACGAAGAACAGGGAGCUGCGGGAGGCCCUGCGGAAGCUCACUUGCUUCCUGGAGAGCAAUAACGCAUCGCAGAAGAUCAACAACGCGGACCUCGAAUGGAACCAGGCUCUCGAGAUUGCACGAAAUCCAAAGGAAUACCUCGCCAUGAACUUCCGAGGCGGGAACAUCGAGGACGCGGGCGCUUACCUGGACGACGAAUACAAGAGCGAAGAUGGAUACGAGGAUUCCUCCUUGAAUUCCGAUUUCCAGCCGAAGGUCCAGGUGAUAGAGGGCAAGUCGAUGCAGGUGAAGAUUCUGUUCGACCUGAAAAUGGAGGAACUUCCGUGCCCGGAGCCCUCGAGGGAGGAUCUAAUGGCCUCCGAGCAGCCGUCGAGUCGCCACGAGAACGCUCCCGUGGGAUCCGGUUCCAGCUGGUUCUCAUCCUCCGCGAUCUCCAUCCACAUGGAACUGUCCGUUCUCGUGUACUGGUCGGUGCUGUUGCUGUCGGUCCUAUUCACGUAG